UCCCAACUUGGGUUCAUGCAGGGGCCAGAGAAGCCAGUGCCCCUGACCACAGCGGAGGCCCGAGACCCCUGAGCCUUCCGUGAGUCCCACCUUGCUUGGCCCAGCCCUCACCCCGCCCCUCCCUCUAGGGCGGGGUCCCAGAGAGCCAUAAAACUCAGCAAGAGGCCAAGGCAAAGACUGACAGCGGAGGCGAGAGCCAUGAGGCGAGAGACCCUGGCCCUCGGGGCGGCGGUGGCCGCCGUCCUGAUGCUGCAGGCGCUGGCCGCGGUGAGGCCCGCCCCCAAGACCCCACGCAGCAAGGCCAAGGUGUUUGCGGACCUGAGUGCCGAAGAGCUGAAGGCUGUGCGUGACUUCCUCUGGUCCCGGAAGGAGCUGAAGCUGGAGCCCUCCAAAACCCCAACCAUCGCCAAGAACUCCGUGUUCCUCAUCGAGAUGCUGCUGCCCAAGAAGCAGAAAGUGCUGAAAUUCCUGGACAAGGGGAUCCGGCCUCCCGUGCGGGAGGCGCGUGCGAUCAUCUUCUUUGGAGACCAGAAGCAUCCCAACAUCACCGAGUUCGCCGUGGGACCCCUGCCACAGCCCUACUACAUGCGCAAGCUGCCCCACAGGCCCGGGCGCCGGGCCUCCUGGGCCUCCAGGCCCGUGACCUCGGUGGAGAAUGCCCUGCUGGGCCAGACCCUGCAGGAGGUCACCAAGCCCCUGCACCAGUUUUUCAUCAACACCACGGGCUUCACCUUCAUCAACUGCCAGACCCGCUGCCUGACGUUCACCGACGUGGCCCCGCGGGGCUUCGCCUCAGGCCAGCGCCGCUCCUGGUUCAUCUUACAGCUCUCCGUGGAGGGCUUCUUCUUGCACCCCACUGGGCUGGAGCUCCUCGUGGACCACGGGAGCGUGAACCCCCGGGAGUGGACAGUGGAGCAGGUCUGGUACAACGGGAAGUUCUACAGCAGCCCGGAAGAGCUGGCUCAGAAGUACCAGGAUGGAGAGGUGGACGUUGUGGUCCUGGAUUACCUGCCCCCCGAGGACAAGGAGGAAGAGGGCGAGGAGCAGCCGCCCCUCUUCUCCUCCUACAAGCCACGCGGGGAGUUCGCCAACCCCAUCACCACGCAGGGCCCCCACAUAGUCCAACCCCAGGGCCCCCGCUACAGAGUAGAGGGCAACUCGGUGUCCUACGGGGGGUGGAAUUUCGCCUUCAGGGUGCGGUCCUCCACGGGGCUGCAGAUCCUGAACUUGCUCUUCCAGGGCGAGCGCGUUGCCUACGAGGUGAGCGUGCAGGAGGCCGUGUCCCUGUACGGGGGCCACACGCCUUCCGGCAUGCAGACCCAGUACUUCGACGUGGGCUGGGGCUUGGGCUCCGUCACCUACGAGCUGGCCGCCGGCAUCGACUGCCCAGCUACCGCCACCUUCCUGGACACCUUCCACUACUACGACUCCGACGCCCCCAUCCUCCACCCCCGCUCCCUCUGCAUCUUCGAGAUGCCCAUGGGGGUGCCCCUUCGGCGACACUUCGACUCCAAUUACAACGGCGGCUUCAACUUCUACUCGGGGCUCGAGGGCCAGGUGCUGGUGCUGCGGACCACCUCCACCGUCUACAACUACGACUACAUCUGGGACUUCAUCUUCUACCCCAGCGGGGUGAUGGAGGCCAAGAUGCACGCCACUGGCUACAUCCACAGCACCUUCUACACCCCCGAGGGGCUGCGCCACGGGACCCGCGUGCACACAAACUUGCUCGGCAAUGUGCACACUCACUUGGCUCACUACCGCAUCGACCUGGACGUGGCGGGCCCCAAGAACAGCUUCCAGACCCUGGGGAUGAAGCUGGAGAACAUCACCAUGCCCUGGAGCCCGGAGCACCAGCUGAUGGUGCCGACCAUAGAGCAGACGAGGUACCGCCGGGAGCGCCAGGCCACCUUCCGCUUCGGACAGACUCUGCCCAAGUACCUGCUCUUCUCCAGCGCCAAGGAGAACCCCUGGGGCCACAAGCGCAGCUACCGGCUGCAUAUCAACUCCAUGGCCUUCCAGGUGCUGCCCCCUGGCUCCAAGGUGGAGCAGGGUAUCACCUGGGCCAGGUACCCCCUGGCCGUGACCAAGUACCGGGAGUCCGAACUGCACAGCAGCAGCGUCUUUAACCAGAACGACCCCUGGGACCCGCCUGUGGUCUUCGAGGAGUUCCUCCAGAACAACGACAACAUUGAAGAAGAGGACUUGGUGGCCUGGGUGACCUUGGGCUUCCUGCACAUCCCCCACUCGGAGGACAUCCCCAACACGGCCACCCCGGGAAACUCCGUGGGCUUCCUGAUCCGUCCCUACAACUUCUUCUCGGAGGACCCGUCCGUGGCAUCCAGAGACACCGUGAUGGUGUGGCCCAGGGACAACGGUCCCAACCACGUGCAGCGGUGGAUCCCCAACGGGGACGGGGACUGCUCCCCACGCCCCCCCUUUAGCUACAACGGGACCUCCGUGCCUGUGUGAAGGGUGCCCUGCCCCCCAGCGAACCCCUCACUAGAAGCCUGAGCCCCCACCCCACCCAGAAAUAAUAAACCCCUCAGUGCUC